AUGCGGUUAACCUUGGCGCAGCAGGUCAGUCAAGAGCCGAUCUGCUUCAAAGAGGCAGGCUGGCGAAGGCGCGUAUCGCUGCAGAAGACGGUUGACUGCAGCGGCUCUGCAACGGGAAAAGGAACAAUGAAUGCUGCACGGUCCCCUCGGUCUGCGUCGAGUCAGGCUCGAAUAGCGUGGUUGUACUGUGAAAAGAGGGGUCGAGUGGGCGACGAGCUGCUGCUAUCGGAAGCGUUACCGAUGGACGCGAUCGACGCAAGAGGAAAGAACGUACGCAACGAAUGCUGGUGA